GUAAAGGAGAUUUAAUUGGUGCAAACCUAUCUAUUAGGGAUCAAGUUAUUAAAACAAAUGCAGAUGUGAAAGCCCUAACAUACUGUGAUCUCCAAUGCAUUAUCCUCAAAGGUCUCUUCGAAGUGCUUGACCUUUACCCAGAGUAUGCUCACAAGUUUGUGGAAGACAUACAGCAUGAUCUCACAUACAAUCUAAGAGAAGGCCAUGAAAGUGAUGUAAUAUCAAAAUUAUCAAACAAGUCUACACUAUCUCAGACGGAGCUCAAGGGAAAUGGAAAUAUAAAGAAGAGACUACCUUCAAUUGUGGAAGACGAAGAUGAGGAUGAGGAGGGAGAAGAAGAAAGCAGCAUCCUUUCACCAAUUCGUACAAGAAGCACAAAUUGUUCUCAGCAGAAAAAGGCUGGAAGCAAUAAAAGCCACCUAGGGAGAAACCUGAAGCAGUUGGCCUCCGGAACAGUGCCCUUUCAUUCACCCAUCCGUGCUUGUAGUUCAAACCCCUCAAGAACCAAACACGAAACAGAGCUCCAUUACUACUCCAAGAGGAGGGAGAAAAACCUUAAAUUACACCUUUCAGCACUGACUACCAGUGGUCCACCUGACCUGAGUCCAAGAAUUGUUGAUGGGAUUGAAGAUGGAAACCAUAAUGAGGAAAGCCAAACCUUUGACUUCAGCUCUGAUCAGCUCAGGCAGGAAUCCAGGUUAUCUCCUACAAUUGGAGAGUCCGAAAUUGGUGCUGCUGUGCUUGUUAUCAAAGCAGAAGAGACCAAACAGCAGAUCAGCAAGCUUAAUAAUGAGGUGACAACUUUAACUCAAGAAGUUUCACAACUAAGUAAGGAUAUGAAGAAUGUGAUGCACCUUCUGGAGAACCUACUCACAUCCCAGAAGCCUCCAGGGUUCUGUGCUGUGCACGGUAUAUCUCGAAGCCCUACUCUGGAAAGUCUGCAGUCUCGAGUGGCUUGGACUACACACCAACCCUGUACACACAUGCAAGCUGGGAACUUUACUUGCACCAAAGCACAACUUUGUCACAGCAACACAUUAUGUGACAUUUGGAAUACAGAUCUGUCAGCUGUAGGCAGCAGUCCCCAAAGAACUGAACUGAACUUGCAGAAUUCUACGGACAAUGAAUUUUAUUAUACACCAGGCCUUCACAAUUCCCCCUCCCAGUAUCAGGUAAUUCAGAAAGACAAUCUGCGAUUUUUAGGAUGCACCUCUCCUCAUUCAGACACCACCUUGACUCCUCUUCAGUCUAUUUCAGCAACUCUUUCUUCUUCUGUAUGUUCUUCAUCAGAGACAUCACUACACCUCAUGCUCCCCAGCAGGUCCGAGGAAGGUAGCUGUAGCCAAGGAGCAAUCAGCUCACUAAGCCUUGAGAACCUGCCAGGAUCAUGGGACCUGGAAGGAACAGCCAGAGUAGUUUCUGCACAGACCCCAGAUUUCCCAACAGACAUUGUGACGAGCACAAGGGAUGUUAAAGAUAAAGAUUAUCAAGCCAUAGAUGUAUAA